AUGGUAGUGAACAAGAAGACGCUCGUGGUAGUCGGUGCCACGGGCAUGCAAGGAGGAUCAGUCGUUGAUGCCUUUCUCGACCUGCCAGAGUGGAACAUUCGAGGUAUUACACGCUCCAUCUCGUCGCCGAAAGCGAGAAACCUAUCAACUCGCGGCGUAGAGAUGGUCGAAGCGAAUCUUGACGAUAUGGACUCCCUCAUCCGUGCUUUCAGCGGAGCCAAUGUCAUAUUCGGCGUGACAGACUUUUGGAAGCCAUUGAGUGACCCGGCUCUGACGAAAUUUCGCAAGCCAGGACAGAAGCUCAGCCACUGGGCAUAUGAGUAUGAACUACAGCAAGGGAAACGUAUUUUCGAUGCGGCAGCCACAAUCGGCACAUUGGAACGGCUGGUCUUUUCGACCACUCAAGACGUGGCCAAAGACAGUGAGGGCAAGUACACUCGCGCAUAUCACGCAGACUCGAAAGCGCACGCAGAGCAGUACGGACGACAGACGUAUCCCGACCUCUGGUCCAAGACAAGCACGAUCCAGGUGGGAAUGUACCUGUCAAAUUUUGCAGAGCUUGCCACCGAGAUGCCUCAAAUGGAAGAGGAUGGAUCAUUUAGCUUUAUUAACCAGUUCAGCGCCGACACAUUCUUGCCCCUGAUUGCGGCAGACCAGGACACCGGGCCGCUGGUGAAAGCAUUACUUAAUGAGCCUCCAGGUACGAAAGCCAUGGGUUACCGAGCGUGGAUGAGAUUCGGAGAAUUUAUUGAAGUCUGGUCUCGCGCCCUCGGGGUCACGGCCCGUGUCGUCACGCUGCCGAUCAAAAAAAUCUUGGAUCGGUCGGGCGGUUUGGAGCCUGACAUCCGUGAGAUGUUGGCGGAAGGCAUGGCAAACAUGGCAGAAUUCGGCUAUAAGUUACGAGAGAACCCAGUUCUGACACAACCUCACCAAAAGAUUGGAUCAAGAACCAAGACUGGUCAGCAGUACUGGACGGUCGGUAAAGGUGGUAUUACUAGUUCCUACUACUAG